AGUUUGCAUCAGAAGUCGACGCCAUUUUGUUUCAUUCCAAUAAAUUACAUAAGUUAAUGGUACUUUUACGAAGUUAGUUGAUAUAAGAUUUCAUAAAAAUGCCUCGUGGUGGAAGACGAUCUAGUGGCCGAUCAUCUCCUAUGUUUGGUAAGGCAUCAGCGCCGCCCCGAGCACCUCCGCGGCCAGUUUCUAGUGUGCCAGCAAAUAGACCAGCUUCUAGCGUGGCUCAGCCGGCUUCACCACAACAGCCAGGACUGUUUGGCCAAAUGGCAUCUACUGCUGCUGGGGUGGCAAUCGGUUCUACCGUGGUAAGGAGUGAACGCUAGUGUUCUUCAGAAAGUUGUUUGAAUUUGUGUAACUUUAAUUUGUUAUUUUUACAAAAACUAUUUUUACUCUAUACCUGAUCAAUAUAACACUAAAGUCAAAAUUUCUUAUUUCUAAGAAAAGAUUGUAAACCAGUGGUCUUUUAUCAUAUCAAACAAGUAGCUUUCAUGUUUCCAAGGUUCUGUACCGUAAAUGAUCAUAAAAGAGGUUAAAGUUUGGUUAGAAUAUACACACUUGGCUGUGCCUCAUGUGCCAUUGUGUUUGUUCUUAUCAUUUUUUUUUUCUUCGCGCUUUUACCACAUAUUGACAUCAUCUGUUAUAUAAUUCUGUAAAGAUGCACAGCAACACGGAACUUAUUUGUUAAACAGAAAACAGUUAUCUUUAUCAGCACUGUCCAAGGCAUGCGUAACUUAAUCUCCACUUGAUGUUGCCAUUAUUCAGGUCACUUAGUCCAUUCUCUUAAUGGAAAGCAUCUAGUAAUUACUGUACUUUGUUGUGGAAAUUGAAGAAGUGAAGAGAUUUCUGAAAUUCAGGCUUCCUUUUGGUCAGAACUAGCACAAAAUGUGUUGUUGUUUCACAUAAUGUUUUGAAAAAGUAAUACUCAAAGACGUGUAGUAAGUUGUGACAAUUAUGGUUGUACAGCCCAACGAAUAGUGGUCAUGAACCUCUUACUUAAGUCUCAUCUUCUACCAUAGCAACCGAACAUUGAUCUAUAUUGGAGUAGAUAAUUGUACAAAACAUACCUUGUCUGUGUCUUUAGGGUCAUGCUAUUGGUGGUGCCUUGUUUGGUGGCCAUGUUGGUGGAUCAGAGCAACCAGCUGGGUAUCAACAAGACAUGGCUGCAGCGCCAUACCAGAGUUAUUCUACUCCACAACAGCAGGGUCUGGGGGGUCCUUGUCAGUAUGAAUUGCAGCAGUUUGUGGAGUGCGCGCAGAAUCAGGGAGAUAUUACACUGUGCCAGGGAUUUAAUGAUGUGCUCAGGGAAUGCAAACUUAGAAAUGGUGAGGAGUGUUUAGUUUAACCUCUUUUUUUUUUACGUGGGAUGACAUUGUUAGUAUUUAUUUGUUGUGUAUGUGAUUAAGGUAGCUCAAGACGGUUUUGCUGUUUUUUAAACACCAAAUCUCUGUUAUAUCAUAUCUUCCCCACAUGUUUGUUUUUUUUGUUUGAAAGUGGUAAAUCCACCCACAAAUCUUCCAACUUUCCUUGACAAGCAACUACAAUCAAAACAUGAUUUUACCAAUUUGCUUUUCCUUUCUUUAUACUAUGUUGUAAUUAGCAGUCAACUCUUGUUCUAGACACUUUUUGCCUGGGAGCUCAAAGUUCAAAGGUGUGUUAAUUUUUUUGGUGCUUUUUAGGCCUUUCCUGAGAAAAAUUAUCACUGUGGAUGCUUGUGCAGCUGCCCAGAUGUGAAGACAAGCAAGAUUCAUUGCUGUGAUCACUGGCUUUUCUUAAUCACACAACAAAUACUCUUUUUGGCUAUAAAAGGUGCUUGGAUGCUUGUAAAAAGGUGUUUGCACUUGGCAAUUUGCUUGAACUGAGGAAUUCUUGUUAUUGCAUUGAAUAAUAAAAAUCCAAUUGCAAAAUUUGAAAUAAAAAGGAAUCGUACAUCGUACGAUUUCCGUUCUGAUAAGGUAGGGGUAGUCGAAGAUUUAUUUGUAGGUACACAUAAAUGUGACUUCCCGUAUGUGACAAUGCAAGUAAAUCAAAAAACCAACGAGAGCGCACACUGUGUAUUCCUGUUCAUUGGACCAGUCAGGUUUUCCACAUAAUUUGUCCACCAAGUAUAGCUUUGGAUUGCCCAUAAAAACAUCCGUGAAAAAUUAUAUGUAUGAUUGUUAAGUCCUUGCCAACAGUCUUGUGUUUGAUAGCACCAGAUGUAUUGGGGAAAAUAUGAAGCAUCCUGCGCACUAAAGAGCCCAAGAAACGCGAAACUAAACGAGCCCUUUAAAUACUGUUAUAACUCGCCCGUCCCUGUCUUAAUUUUAUAUGCGUGGUUAAACUUCAUUCUUACGAUCCUGGGAAAGAAGCUGUGGUCCUCUACUUCAUGAGAUCAGUGAAGCCAGUCGUUAAAUAGCUUGGAUGCGAGCUUAAAAGUAUGAUAAGCAAUAAAUGUUGUUAACGUGAUCGUGUCGUGGAAUCCAACGCACAAGCGAGUAAGAGCCGGUUGAUCACACUGAAGUCUUGAAAUACUACUAUUGCAGCCAAUUUUAUACAAAUUCUCUGAAAUCUUAUGUUUUAAAAUAGGCGAUCCGUCGCCGUCUGCCUUUUACUCUUAGCUUUGUUUAUCAGUAGCUCUUUUCAGGCUUGUCUGCAUGUGUUUGCGUUAAAAUGUGUAGGAUAAUAGUUUCAUUAUUUAAUUGAAAGAAAAAAUAUUGCGAAAGCGUUACGGCAUUGAAUAACCUCAGCUCAUCGCAUGCAAACAAAUACUCUUGGAGCAGAUAUUCCUUUAGCACUUAAAAAUAGUUGAACUGAUUCGAGAGCUCGCUGAAGAUGAAGAGUCGUUAACUUAAGAGAACUCUGUCGAUUCUCGCAUGGAAUGAUCUUAAUGACGUCAAAGUAAUUAUCACAUCAAUUGAACUUUAACGAUAGAACGUCAACAAUUGAUCCUCAGAGCAGCCUCGAAAUUUUCUUGCGGAAGACUAUUACCUUGCUGUCUAAAUUUUUAUGUUAUUUUUCGUGAAGAUACUUAACAGUUAUGCCUCGUGCUCAAAGACGAUCAUCUCAAGGCUCGUCAAAGCAGAGCCCUACCGUGCCUGAAAAAAGAUCUUCUCCUAACCUGGCUCAACUGGAAUCAAAACCUCUUGGACUGUUUGGGCAAAUGGCUUCCACAGCUGCAGGUGUAGCAGUCGGUUCGGUUGUGGUAAGGCGCGUCGUUUCGCUAAUGCCAGUAGAUAGGCUACCCUUGGCCCAUCGGGGUUGAGACUGCCUUUGGCUUUCGCUAAAAACCCCAAACAGAAGCUUCUCACUUAAUUUCCACUACGCUUUUGGACGACUGCUUAAGUACACUAACUGAUUAGAACUCAUCCCAUGUUGACACCGUGCAAAGGCUAAAAAGAAGUUGGAAGUCAACAACGCAAUAAAAUCUCUUGACUUUACCGAUCUAUUAGAAAAAUGGUUGAUGACGUUUCCUUUCACUGAAUCGCGAUAAAUAUUUAUCACAUGAUUAAGAGGAAACUCAAUUUCUCUUUACCUUAUUCCUCUUUGUUUUGAAUUUUUAAACAGACCUGGAUAAAAAAAGACAUAAAAAAUGUGGAUCUAUCAACUAGUUGUGGAUUGAUAUAAAUAUGAGGAAAGCCUAGCCCUUUGCAUCUGAAAGUGAAAUCAGAUACGAUUCCUGCGAAGAGGGGAGAAAGGAAGAAAGAAAGGUACGAAGAGCUACAGUAGAGAGGCCUUUAAAUUCUCAUAGACACUCAUUUGCUUUCAGGGUAAUGCUGCAAGCGAAGCUCUACUUGGUACACGAGGAGGCACAGAAUCAAAGCAGCAACACUAUGAUCUUCAGCAGCAGAAUCAUGAGCCAUGUCGGUACGAACUACAGCAGUUUGUGGAGUGUGCUCAGAACCAAGCAGAAAUCACUUUAUGUAAAGAUUUCAGUGAGGCUCUCAAGCAUUGCAAACAGGCAAAUAGUGAGUGUUGUACCCUGUUCCAGUCGUUCAGUUAG